AGGUUGCGAGGGAGUCGUUCUUUUAUAUUUAAUUUCAUCAAGACCCACAUUUGAAAGAGUAUAUAGAUUUUAUGACCAAGUUUUAAGGGUCCACGAUACUGAAGACGUCCCUAUAAUUCUUGUUGGUAAUAAAAGUGAUAAAACUAGAGAAAGAGAAAUUUCAAAAGAAGAUAUGAAUAUGGCAAGAAGAUUAAAAUGUGAAUUCAUAGAAACUUCAGCAAGAACUGGUAUAAAUGUGGAUCGAGUAUUUUAUAAUGUUACUAGAAUAAUAAUGCAAUCAAAGGAAAGUGAAAUGGAUACACAAGAAUGGGAAACUACGAAAACUAAAAAAGUACAAAAUUGUCUUAUCACUUAA